GGUCUCCAUGGCAACCACAGCGGGAGCUGGCCUGCCUCCAAGUGCACAGGAGCUCAGCUCAACCUCCAGGGACUCCCGCUCUGUGAACGCCGCCCAGCCGCCUCCCUGUGCCCUCCCUUGGCACCGCGGGCUCCGGCAAAACUUCUCAGAGACAGAAAGAGCAAAAGACACAAGGAGGCAGCCAGCAGAGGAAGCGACAGGAGGGAGGCAGAGAGGAUGUAGCCCACCCUCCCAGCUCAACUUUCUGCUUUUCCUGAAAAGAUCCAGACUCUCUUCUCUCACCCUGGGGAGCAGAAAUCAGAGCCCCUGAGAAAGCAAGGGCCGAGGGGUCAUGUCCCUCAUCCCGUGGCUCCGGGGGAAUGAGGCCCCAGCCCGGCUGUCCUCCCGGAGCCCGGCGGAGAUGGUGCUGGAGACGCUCAUGAUGGAGCUGGUGGGGCAGAUGCGCGAGGCGGAGCGGCAGCAGCGGGAGCGCAGCAGUGCGGUCAGGAAGAUCUGCACCGGCGUGGACUACAGCUGGCUGGCCAGCACGCCGCAGCCCACCUACGACCUCAGCCCGGGCGAGCGGCUGCAGCUGGAGGCUGUGUGUGCCAAGAUCCACCCGUCCUACUGUGGGCCGGCCAUCCUCAGGUAAGGCUGGGCCCUGCAACAGGCACCCCUCGGGUGUGGACCCUGGGAGGGUGGCUGCAGGGCCUGGGCCAUCAGGACCAG